AUGGAACAAAUUCUGUUUCUGGUGAUGGAGUUUUGUGGUGCUGGUUCAGUGACAGACCUGAUAAAGAACACCAAAGGAAACUCUCUGAAGGAGGAGUGGACGGCCUACAUCUGCAGAGAGAUCCUCAGGGGUCUGACCCACUUGCAUCAACAUAAGGUCAUUCAUCGUGAUAUCAAAGGUCAGAACGUUUUGCUCACGGAAAAUGCGGAAGUCAAACUAGUUGAUUUUGGUGUGAGCGCACAGUUGGACCGCACCGUGGGUAGGAGGAACACUUUUAUUGGCACUCCAUAUUGGAUGGCUCCAGAGGUCAUAGCCUGUGAUGAGAACCCAGACGCCACAUAUGACUUCAAGAGUGAUCUGUGGUCACUGGGAAUUACGGCUAUUGAGAUGGCAGAAGGAGCCCCUCCUCUGUGCGAUAUGCAUCCUAUGCGAGCACUUUUCCUUAUACCUAGAAACCCAGCGCCUCGUCUCAAGUCCAAGAAGUGGACUAAGAAGUUCCAGUCGUUCAUUGAGAGCUGUUUAGUGAAGAAUCACAACCAGAGACCCAGCACUGAGCAGCUCAUCAAACACCCCUUCAUCAAAGACCUGCCCAACGAGAGACAGGUCCGAAUCCAGCUCAAAGACCACAUUGACCGGACCAAAAAGAAGAGAGGAGAGAGGGACGAGACAGAAUAUGAGUACAGUGGAAGUGAAGAGGAGGAGGAAGAGCGAGACAUAGGAGAGCCGAGCUCCAUCAUAAACAUCCCUGGGGAAUCGACCCUGAGGCGGGACUUCUUGCGAUUGCAGCUGGCCAAUAAGGAGCGCUCUGAAGCCCUGAGGAGACAACAGCUAGAACAGCAACAGAAUGAGGAGCACAAGCGCCAACUACUGGCAGAAAGGCAGAAACGAAUCGAGGAGCAGAAGGAGCAAAGGAGGAGACUGGAGGAGCAACAGCGACGGGAGAGAGAGCUCCGGAAACAGCAGGAGAGAGAGCAGAGGAGGCGCUAUGAGGAGAUGGAGCAGCUACGGAGAGAGGAGGAGAGGAGGCAUGCUGAGAGGGAGCAGGAGUAUAUCCGUCGCCAAUUAGAAGAAGAACAAAGGCAGCUGGAGAUUCUUCAACAGCAGCUUCUCCAAGAACAAGCUCUUCUCCUGGAAUACAAACGGAAGCAGCUGGAGGAGCAAAGACAGGCUGAGCGAUUACAGCGGCAGCUGCAGCAAGAGAGGGCCUACCUUGUUUCACUGCAGCAACAGCAGCAAGAGCCACGGCCUGCGGACAAAAAACAACUGUACCACUACAAAGACUCAGUCAACCCCAGUGACAAACCAGCCUGGGCCAAAGAGGUGAUGGAGAGAGCUCAGAGUAACUCCCCUCGAAUCCCUCCCAAGAAGCACCAUUCGUUUAACAGUCCUGGAGAAAAACGUGUCGGCCAACUCCUCCCUCUUGACAAGAGCUCCUCUAAUCAGCCCACAAGGCCCCCCUCCUAUCCAGCAGCCUCCCACUCAAGAGAGAUGGAUCUGGCUGAGCCUCAGCUCAGGAUAGUCAGUGGGCCAAAUGUUCCUAGAAUCCGUGUGUCUUGUGAGCCAGAUCCAUCCCAGCUGCACAGGAUGGUCCAGCAGCAUCUUGAACAAGAGGCCCGGGGCCGCAAUCCCGGACACUCCAGCAAAGGGGCUGAUAUUGAGAGAGACUUAUACGUCUCAAAGGUUGAGGAACGCUCUAAGCUGAACCGCCAGAGCUCUCCGGCUCUCCAGCACAAAGUGGCCAACCGUAUUUCUGACCCCUCCCUGCCUCCCCGGUCAGAGUCCUUCAGCAGUGGAGGUAUACAGCAGGCCCGGACGCCUCCCAUGCACCGCCCGGUAGAGCCUCAGAUGGCGCACCUGGUCUCUGUGAAGUCCCAUGGCUCUUCCAUGACAGGAUCCCAGUCGCUGCAUGAUCAGUCCUCUCAGGGCGUCUCAGCCUUCCAAGAGGGUCUGUCGCCUCACAGACCACCGAUGCCUCGGCAGAACUCUGACCCCACGUCAGAAACCCCCGCCCCACCACCUCGCAUCACCAGCCGAGAUGAGAAGUUUGACCGUAGCUCAUGGCUGAGACAGGAAGAUGACGUCCCUCCAAAGGUGCCCCAAAGGACUACUUCUAUAUCUCCUGCCCUGGUGAGAAAAAACUCUCCAGGGAAUGGACCAGGAGGACUGGGGCCGAGAACCGGAGCACAUCUGAUCCGAGCCAGGUAUAUUCCACUUUUCAUUAACUUCUUUAAAUACUGCCAACAGGAUAAAGCUCCUCACCGGAGACUCGAUGACAUGAGACGAGAGGAGGACAGGAGGAUGGCAGAGAGAGAGCAGGAGUUUAUAAGACAUAAGUUGGAGGAAGAGCAGCGGCAGUUAGAGAUACUGCAGCAGCAAUUACUGCAGGAGCAGGCAUUGCUAAUGGAGUAUAAGCGUAAACAGCUGGAGGAGCAGAGACAGUCAGAAAGACUUCAGAGACAGCUGCAGCAGGAGCACGCGUACCUCGUCUCACUGCAGCAGCAGCAGCAGCAGCAAGACAAGAAACCACAGAUGUACCACUACAGCAAGAACCUAGAGAACAACAAACCAGCUUGGGCUAGAGAGGUUGAGGAGCGCAGUAAACUGAACAGACAGGGCUCUCCUAAAAUCUGCACUACAGUGUCUGACACCAAUAUCCAGUCCCGUUCGGAAUCAAUUAGCCAGUCAGGAGCUGCUCAGACCCCACCUAUGCAGAGACCUGUGGAACCACAGGGUGGGCAGGGAAAGUUCCAGAUGGCCCACCUAGUGCCGUUAAAACCGUAUGCCGCUCCCGUCCCUCGCUCUCAGUCUCUUUGCGAUCAGCCCACUAAGACCAUGUCCGCCUUCCCCACCCAGGAUCCCUCUCCCACACCCACACCUCGUCCUCUACACUCCAGAGAACUAGUCCGUCAAAACUCUGACCCCACCUCAGAGACCCCUGCCCCUCAGUCUCGGCCGAUGAGAGACGACCGGGGACCCUGGAUCCGUCUUCCUGAGAUUGAACAACCUCCUAAAAUUCCCCAGAGAACAGCCUCCAUUGCCACUGCACUGAACACAAAUCUCUCCUCCGGCAUCAGACACCCAGUUCGAGCAAGUAAUCCUGAUCUGAGUCGUAAUGAGCGCUGGGAGAGAGGAGACAGCAUGAGCAUCAUGUCCAACCUGCCACAGACUGGCUCUCUAGAAAGACACCGCAUACUCAGCUCGUCCAAGAUGGAUUCCUCCCCUACCCUAUCUCAUGACGGCCGACACAAACCAGGAGAAUCCCGAACCUCAUCCAGACCCAGCAGACCAGCGAGCUAUAAGAGAGCAAUAGGAGAGGACCACGGACUGUACUCUAAGGAGCGGGCAGAGGAGCAGCCGCGGCCCCCGGUGAAGGCUAAUGAUUACUCCUCUUCCUCAGAAAGCAGUGAGAGCAGUGAAGAGAGUGAGAGUGGAGAGGGAGCAGAAGAGGAAAGCCCUACUGACCGUCCACGUGAUGCAGAUUCUGACUCUGUUAACACUAUGGUGGUCCAUGAGGAGGAGGAAGGUGAAGGAGGAGAUGAAGAACGUGCCGGAGGAUAUGGAGACCAAACCAUGCUUGUACAGAGGACUCCAGAGAAGCGUAGUCAUAAUGGAUACACCAACCUGCCUGAUGUGGUUCAGCCCUCCCACUCUCCCACAGACUCUGCCUCCCACUCUUCCCCUGGGAAAGACUCUGCCUAUGAUUAUCAGUCCAGGGGGUUGGUGAAAGCCUCUGGAAAGUCCUCUUUUACUACCUUUGUGGACCUUGGAAUGUACCAACCAUCAGGAGGCACAGGCGAUAACAUGUCUGUUGGAGGUCUGGGCUCUCGCUUUGAGCAACUGAAGCUGGAGGUGAGGAAAGGCUCCAUGGUCAACGUCAAUCCCACCAACACUCGUCCAGUUAGUGACACUCCUGAAAUCCGCAAAUACAAGAAGAGAUUCAACUCUGAGAUCCUCUGUGCUGCUCUCUGGGGUGUAAAUCUGCUGGUAGGGACAGAGAACGGUCUGAAGCUGCUGGAUCGAAGCGGCCAGGGAAAAGUUUAUCCAUUGAUCAACUCACGCAGGUUUCAACAGAUGGACGUUCUGGAGGGACUAAAUCUCCUCAUCACUAUAUCAGGCAAGAAGAAUAAGGUGCGUGUGUAUUAUCUUGCCUGGCUGAGGAAUAAAAUCCUCCAUAAUGACCCUGAGGUGGAGAAGAAACAGGGCUGGACCACUGUAGGAGAAAUGGAGGGCUGUGUGCACUACAAAGUUGUGAAAUAUGAAAGGAUUAAGUUUCUGGUUAUCGCAUUGAAGAAUGCGGUGGAGGUUUACGCCUGGGCUCCCAAACCUUACCACAAAUUCAUGGCCUUUAAGUCAUUUGGAGACCUGCCACAUAGACCUCUGUUGGUUGACCUCACAGUGGAAGAGGGUCAGAGGUUAAAGGUUAUUUAUGGGUCAAGCGCUGGUUUCCAUGCAAUUGAUGUUGACUCUGGCAACAACUAUGACAUCUACAUUCCUGUACAUAUCCAGUCACAAGUGACUCCUCACGCCAUCGUGUUCCUGCCCAAUUCAGAUGGGAUGGAGAUGCUGUUAUGUUAUGAGGAUGAGGGUGUUUAUGUCAACACAUAUGGGCGCAUCAUUAAAGAUGUGGUGCUGCAGUGGGGAGAAAUGCCCACUUCUGUGGCCCACAUCUGCUCUAAUCAGAUUAUGGGCUGGGGAGAGAAAGCCAUAGAGAUCCGUUCUGUGGAGACGGGACACCUGGAUGGGGUGUUCAUGCACAAAAGAGCUCAGAGGCUUAAGUUCCUAUGUGAAAGAAAUGACAAGGUGUUUUUUGCGUCAGUGCGUUCCGGUGGCAGCAGUCAAGUCUACUUUAUGACCCUCAACAGAAACUGCAUUAUGAACUGGUGAAAGAGCUGUCACAUGAACAUAGAUUCUGCUGUGUGCACACUUGCAAACACUGAAGAGAUAACACGCUACAACAACAUCCACAGACACUCUCACACUGUGUAAAUAAACACACGCACUCACACACACACACACACACAGACAAAAACACACUCCUGCACAAACUUACAUAUAGAAGAGUAAUUUACUUCACAUCUUCCUGAAGACACUCCUUCACCAUUCUCCUGUGAUCUCUGAGCCAACUGUACAAGACGUGCUUGUGUCUGCCGACCCCUGACAGAGCAAUGUUGUGUUCAUCUGAUUCCACAUGGGUUAGCUUUCACCUCACUGGGGCCAACGUUCCUCACUGCUAAUAUUUCUGACCUUUCUAGGACCAGACAAAAAGACUUAAUUGUACAUUACUCUACUAGAAAUGCUUGUAAACUACGAGAAUCGUUCUAUUGACGUGCGUCUUGUGACGCAGCAGCGGCGUGCGUGUGUUUGAGAGACUUUAUAAGCUACUUUGAGCAGCUUUGAACAACUUGAAACUGCAGUGGUGUGAGGUGGGACUGCAACAUCUGUAAUUUUCCAUUUCAACUGUAUACUGUAGUAGUCGUUUGUUCUUGGUUGCAUUCAGAGUUUCAGAUAAAAGUGAUUAUAAUGUUUUCUUUCAACAAGUAGAAGUUUAGAAAUUGAUUUAACACUGAGUUUCAAAUAUAUAUAUCAUAUAUAUAUAAUAUAUAUAUAUCUGAGACGGCUUCCCUUCCGAGCCAGAGAAGGUUUUCGCUUUCUUGAUGUGUAAACAAUAAUCUGACGCCUGUGUCACCAAACUGUUGGUUCGAUAGAAACGGUGGUGGCCGAUUAAGGAGCAGAAUCCGGCGUCUUGCUUUUCCACUAGUCAGCUAGUGAGACCAAGUCACCCACAAUGGAGCAACAGUCUCUGGUUUCGCUUUUCAAAGCACUUUUUUUCUUUCUAUGUGGGAAGUAUCAUCAUAUCUACUACAGUUUGAUAUUCUCUGUACGUAAACGUAUUUGGUAUUACUCCUACUUUUAUUAUCUGCUGUUCUAUAGCUGUUCUAUUGCAAUACGUGCUGUGUGCUCGUUCUUGUUCGAAGUUUUACGAGGGAGUUUCUCUUGGGUUAUUCUGAUUUUAGACGGGAAGAUAUAGUAAGUGACUGCGGAUAUGACUGAAAAAGCUUUUUUUUUUGGCAGCAUAAACUUAUAGCUCGGUUGACAUGGUGUAAAUUGUACAUAGCAGCCAUGAUCGUAUUUACAUCUCAUUUGUAUUCACUGGGCACAUGAUGAUUUUUUAGGAGUUUAAUCACUACACGACUGCGUAAUACGCUUGAGUGUUUCAUAACCGAGUCAUGUGUUUGUGCUGUCAAAAGUGCUUGAUUGCUUAUGGAAGGUGUAGUUUUUUUAGGCAGGCUUGUAGUUCAUCAGGGAUGUGUGCAUUUGAUCAGACUUUUUUUCUUUUCUUUUUUUUUUCUUUGAUAUUUGGACCCCACCAUUUUUUUAGCAACACAAACGUCAUGUUUUAGACGAAGACUUGGGUGGAUCGGAGCAAGAAUAUUCUUUUGUUUAUCUGACAAUGUGCGAACGAGCUGCGUGCGUGCGCGCGUGUGUGUGUAUAUGAAUAUCGGUGGGAAAUAUUAAUCAGUAACAUACAGAAGGAUCGGUAUAAAGCAAUAGUUUAAGGAUUAUUGACGGGUUUGUGUCUGGUGUUACUGUCUCCAGUUCUGCAAUACUAGAUUUUUCUCGAGCUUUUCACUCAUCUCAAUGCAGAUAAUCUACAUUUAAAGCAGUAUUCACCUAUAAAAAUACAGAAUAUCUUCACAAUCUUAUUUUUUUUCCCCCCUUCUUGUUAAAGAUGGUACUAUACUAUUAGUGUACACUAAUCCCAGAAUAUCUGACGCACUUUGUCCCUCCUAAAUAUUUUUCUAGUUAUUGAUAUUAGCACCGAUUUGUACAGUAGCUUGUGAUGGUACAAUCAUCAUCUGUUACCUAAUAGCCCCUCCCACCGGACAUAUUGGCCGCUGUCGCAGUCUAGACGAGCACUAAACACCGAUGACACAUUUAGCAAGUCAUUAUUAAAAUAUGGCGGCGCAACACUUCAGACGAAUAAUUACAAAUUGUUGCAUUGCACAGACAGAGACGGGGGCUUAAUGGUUUGAAUUCUCAUCAUCUGUAAGUGAGCAAAAUCAAAUUGAACUUGAACGCUAAUGUGCCAUUAUGACAGAUUCGCACUUUCUGAGAGUUACUUCGUUUGUGCCCCUCAUCCUUACUUUCUUUCUCUCUCUUGCUGUAGAACUUAAGCAUUUUCUUGCUUAGUAAAUCAAACUGCCAUGUUUACUGAAAUAACAGUGCCUUGGAUCGGAGUUGGGUGUAUUUGCUCGAUCGUGUGCGUGUGUGUGUGUGUGUGUGGGAGAGCGCUGAGCAUGUGAUUGUUUUAAUAAGAACUGAAGUUCAGGGAAGAGAGUCCAGUGCGCAGUUAGGGGUCUUGUGCCAACAAAGUGCACUUAAAAUGACAAUAGCCAGAGCACCAAGACAGGCUCCUCUCACUCUGUUUUUAGCACAAAAGCCAUGCCAUAAAGAGUUCAUUCCUCCAGUUUGAAGGCAGCGCGUUCCUCAGAUGUUUAUUUAAUACCAUAUCACAGUCCAAACGCCCUAUAGUUACAUGACAAGACGAGCUCUUUGUUCUGGAUGGUGAUGCUUGUAGCUCGCGUACCGUUUUGCCAAACAGGGAAAGCCUCUGGUUUUUAUGCAGGAGGUUCACAAAAGGUUCGAGUUGUCAUGGUGAAGAGCUGCUCGCAUGCUUGUGAUAUAAUAGUCCCCAGCUUUCCCGAGAACUCUUGAAAUUUAGUGAGAUGUUGCCUUUAUGCUUAAGAGUAAAUGUGUAUAACGGUGUUCACGCUACUGGAUUGACAGAAUUUAUGUUUUUAUAGCAGAAUUAUGAUGUAACGAGUAACAAAGUUGAACAGAGAGGAAAUAUGCUUUAUAAAUUAAAUAAAGAGUUUAUAUUAAGAUUCCCAUGGCCUGUCAGGACGAUGGAAAUGAACGGAGAGGAAAAAAGACAAAAAAUAUAUAUAAAUAAAUAUAUAUAUAUAUCUCUCAAAAAUAAUAUACAUGAAUUUAUAUCAAUGUGAAUUUAUAUAAAAAGAAUUAUUGAACGUAGCCUCAUCAGUAGAACUGAAUAAAUAAAUAAAUGCAUUGUUAUAUAGCAUUUUUCUGGCUAAGAAUAAUCAUUUGAGCACAAAGCUUCUCCUCUGUACAUACGGCCGUACGUUCGGUUAGACUCGUCUCUUUCCUCUCUUUUUCCCGGCGAGUGUUAUAAAAGAGAGCGUGUGGGUGUGCGACUGUGCAUGUGUGAAUAGGAGAGCUAUUUCUGAUCCGUGUGUGUGCUGUUCAUUAUUCCCUCAGAGAAAAGAGAGAAAAGACAGCGAUUGAGGACCAGCGUGGUCAAACACGCACGCAUCAUCACUGGACCCGAGCCACACGUGCCACUCCAGUCGUGUUUGUGAAUGCCACUGAUGACCAAUUGAACGUUGUAGUCUUUCUACGGCAGCUGACCGCAGUCCUGAUCCCGCGUAAAAAGCCGGUGUCGAUAUCCGAUCGCGCGCGUCGGGGGUUGCUCUGAAGGAAUACGUGUCGUUGGCUUUAUUGCGGACGUUUUGAAUGUAAUCAGUUUGUUUUAUUCUGGUGUAUUAAACUGGUCCGUCGGAUUGAAGGCUUGUUAGAGGUUUACGGAAUCCAUGGUAAAGAUAUAUUUUACACUCCAUCCCCCAGAUUUGAAUAAAAUGUUUAUCAUUUUAAACGCUUUUAUAUCCUUUUCAACCAGUCGGUCUUUAAAAAGCUAGACUAGGUGACGUGUGUAGCGGUCUUCGAGAGAUGCGGAGCUGUCUGGUUUUCGUUUUAAGGCCUUUACUGCUGUGUUUGAGGUAUUUAUCUACUCUACAUGCUCUUAGCACUAUGCUAACAAGUGGCAUUUCUCUUGUCGUUCUCUAGUAAUACAAAGUUAAUCCCUUAGCUGAUUUUUGUAAAAUAUUUACUACUCCAAAGAAAAAUGAAAAAAAAAAAUCAUGAUUUGUAGUUCUUUUACGUUGUGCUUUUGGUUUAAACUCAUAGCAGUAGCCAGGAGAGGUUAAGGUUGUUUAUGGAGGACUUGAUAAAGUUGAUCCUCUGUGAUGGGUUGAUUAUCAUUCUUUUCAUUUACUUUCUAAAGGUUUUUAUGUUUCAGGUAAAAAAAAAAAAAAAAGUAGAUGUUUCGGACAUAUUUUUAGUGUUUCUGUUUAGGAGAGGGUGUUUCAGAUGAUUUUAAGUCUUAAAGAUUGAAUGCAUUCACAAGUCUGUAAUGUCUCAAUACAGCAUUAUUUGAAAAUUAAAAAUUACUUGAUCUCUGUUAAAA